CGGUGCAGCGGCCGUUUGGAAACACACAUAGGAAACACAUGCUAACCUUCCGUGCUUACGUUUCCAUGGAGCAAUAACGAGUUGUUGUUUUGCCGUUACCGGUAAAUAAAACCGAGACCAAACGAGGUAACGGGAAAAGUUUCUUCUUCCUCUCCUUCUUGUCUUCAGCCUGACCGUGUGGAGGAUGCCGGUCCUGAACUUGUCCUUCGCUGCGUGUGGUUUUUUGGGGAUCUACCAGCUAGGAGCAGUGGGAGCUUUCCUCCGCCACGGAGACCGGCUGCUGGGAUCACUGGGGGCCUGCGCCGGGGCAUCGGCCGGCGCCCUGGUGGCUGCCGUGAUGAUCACCGCGCCCGACAAGUUGGAGAACUGUAAAGAGUUCACGUACCGGUUCGCUGACAGCGUGAGACGGCAGCCGUUUGGAGCCACCACGCCGGGAUACGACUUCAUGCUCACACUGCGGGAGGGGAUAGAAGAGAUUCUGCCCAGCGAGGCUCACCGUCUGGCCGCCGGCCGCCUCCACGUCUCCGUCACUAACUCCACAAGCGGCCGCAACCACAUCCUGUCCCGGUUCUCCUCCAGGGAGGAACUCGUACAGGCUCUGCUGGCCAGCAGCUUUGUGCCGUUCUACGCAGGACUCAAACCCGUGGAAUUACGAGGACAGAAAUGGAUGGACGGAGGCUUCUCCGACAGCCUGCCUAUUCUGCCGGUGGGACGAACCAUCACUGUGUCUCCGUUUGCUGGACUGCAGGAUGUGUGUCCCGUCCACAGGGGGCGCUUCAACACUCAACUCACACUGGCCAACAUGAACAUAAUGCUCUCUGUGGAAAACAUCAAGCGUGUGAACCAGGCUCUGUUCCCUCCGUCCAGCGGCGGCAUGCAGGCGCUGUGUGAAGAAGGUUUCAGAGACGCGGUGGGCUUCCUCAAGAGAGAGGACUGGAUGAGCUCAUGACGCUCAUUUUUUAUUCUACGAACAAGCAUGAAGCCAAGUACCUUUCACGGAAAUGUGACAAUGGAUUUUAUGGAUUUAUAUCCUCUCAGGGUUCAACAAUAAGGGUGAAAUAUAACAACCAAAGUUUGAAUAAUUUCUUCCGAUCAUCGUAUUAUAAAUGACUUCAUCACUAUCGCCCAUGUUGGAGGAGGGUUUGUUGAAUGAUUUGAUUGUGCCGCUGGCCAAUUAAGAAUUUAGAUGGCCAAGGGCACAUUUAGUUUUAAGCUCUCGCCAAAUUUGCGGAUGAAAAGUUGCAGUGAUGGAAAGUAACUAAGUACAUUUACUCCAGUACUGUACUUCAGUCCAAAUGUUGAGGUACUUGUACUUUACUUG